CCGAACCAGCGGUUUAGGCAAAAACCGCAACCCGGGGGUGCAUUUUCUAUGAAAACUGCACUGGUAGGGUACGGUUUUGCAAACCGCAUGGGGUUGGGGCGGUUUGGUUGCAAACCACACACCCACCAUGCUGUUUAUAAUAUAUAUUUUUUUUCCAAAAUAAAUAUUGAAAGUGGUUUUGGCACAAUUGGUUUAGUUGUUUAUUGUGUGCAAGAAGUCCUGGGUUCGAAUCCGGAAUGCGUUAGAGUGGUUAUUAAAUUUUGAGUAACCACGGUGGCUACUAACAUCUGCACCCUUAAUUAUAUCUAUUUCAUCCUAUUUUUAAGUUGACGGUGAAGAUUAUAUGAAGGAUAAUUUUGGAAACGAAAAUAAUACACCACCUGAUUAUUAUUCUUUAAAAAAUUAUUUUUAUAUAUUGUACCGCAAACCCUAAUGCAAUCCCCUCCUCCUUCUCCUCCCCUUCUACCUGCCGACAGCCCUUCUUCUCUGGACAAGAAAUUGCAGCCGCCUCCUCCCUCUUCUCCCCUCCCACCCGGCAACAACUCUUCUUCUCCCCAGCCUCCCGCCUUCUCCCCUCCCCCGCCGUCCCCACACCACCCCUCCCACGCCGUCCUCAAAGAAACCGUAACUCUCAAUUUCCCCUCUUAACAAAAAGAAAUCGAUUCUCUAUCUAUAAGCUGGAAUUAUUUGAACAUGUCUCUACCAACAACACCAGGUUAUUUUCUUUUAUUUUUGUGAUUAUGUUUGUGCUAGUGACUAGUGAGGAAUGAUGUGUUCUUGUAAAGUUGCUGCUAAUAGGAAUAAUCUUCCUUGAUUCUUCGUUAAAUGAUUUUUGCUUGUGAUUUUUUUUUUACGUUUUCAAUUUUGAUAUUGAGGAACUAUUUUUGGUUGGGUAUAUUUUCCAUGUAUUAUUGCUUGCUUUUAUACGAGUGAUCAUUCGAUCAUUUUGUUGCAGUAUAAUUAGCUCUUAUAAUUUUAAUUAGUAUUUGUUAUUUGUUAUUGGUUUGUAAAUUGUAAUCGUAUUCCUCCACUGGCUGCAAUUUUUUUUAUUUGCAUAAUGGUAUUGCUUUACUAAGCAGUGGUAUUGGUAAUGACAUUCGUUAUGGAAAAUUGCCUUUUCUUUUGGUAGUACACUACUAUUUGGUAUUGUUUGUCCUUUGUGUAAUGGUAGUCCUGCAAUGGUAUUGAUUCGAUGUGCAGUGGUAUUGGUUAUAUAACAACAUGAUAUUCAUUCAUCUUCGUUUGGUAGUGACAUUUUAGAUUGGUAUUGGUUCAUUACACGUGUAUUAGUAUUAACAAUGCUAGUCUGGUAGUUCUUCAAAGUCUAAUGGUAUUGGUUCAAACCUCAAUGUUCAUAAUUCUCUUCAUAUAUGCAAUGGAAUAGAUUGUUUAUAUUGGUAGUUUUUGUGUAAUUGUAUAGAUUUAUUUCUGCAAUGGUAUUGAUGUUUUUCAAAGUGGUAGUGGUUGUCUAAUGGAUUGGUAGUGAUUUCGUGUUUUUUUUGUAUGGAUUUUUUGUUUUGUUUUGUUAUUGAUUUUGUCGCAUUAGUAUUACUUUUGUCGCAAUGGUAUUGUUUUUAUCGCAUUGGUAUUAUUUUUGUCGCAAUGGUAUUGUUUAUAUCGCAUUGUUAUUGAUUUUCUCGCAAUGGUAUUAUUUUUGUCGCAUUGGUAUUGGUGUUUUUGUGAAAUGGUAGUGUUUUUAUUUCUCGAAUGGUAUUGGUAUUUUGUGCAACGGUAGUGUUUUGUAAUGGAUUGAUAUUGUUUUAUUGUUGCAGCGGUAUUGGUUCGACAGAACAAAAUCAAUGGAAAGAUUGAGAAAAGGAAGGAAGAAGCAUAUGGCUGAAGAUUGUGAAAAUGAGAGAAAAAGAGAGAAAUGGUAGUUAAUAUAAUUUUGUAAUUUCCUAAAAUGUACUUUAUUAAAAAAAGUAAUUAAUAAUGAUACGUUUUUUAUAAUGGUAUUGAUUUUCUAGACUAGUAUGGAUUUUUGGUAUUGGUAUUGAUCUUUCUUGGAUUGGUAUUUAUUUUGUCUAGAUUGGUACUAAUUUUUCGUAUUGGUAUUGAUUUUUUGUUAGGUAGUCGAAAAAAGUACAGAUGGUUACAAUCGUUGAAGCACAAGGAUGAAAGGAUCAGAGGAAGGCAAAAAGGUAGAAUCAAAUAGAGAGAGAUAUAUAGAGCGAAUAAUAUAGUUUUUGUAUAAAAUUAUUUCUCCACUGUAAUUAAUUCAAUGCAAUUAA